UCGCUCGCUCGCUCAAAUCCCGCCCAGUGGGGAGCGUCACUGGCUCGAGUUGAAAUGCACACACGCCGGAGACGAAACAGCAGCCCGCAGUUAACAUUCCGCUGGCAAAGGUAGAGCGCCGGGCUGCCUGCGCCCAGCAGUACGAGGGCUGUCAGCCAUCACCGCCAUCCAGGAGGGUACAACGCGAUGUGCCGGCCAGCUCUGACCAGGCUGCUGCUGUUCCACCUGCUCCUGAUCAAGCUGCACAUCGCGAAAGGUUCCGCCAAGGAGUGCGAACAGGACCAAUUCCAGUGCCGGAAUGAGCGGUGUAUCCCUUCCAUUUGGAAAUGCGACGAGGAUGAUGACUGCUCCGAUAAUAGCGACGAGACCGAUUGCCCCAAGAAGACCUGUGCAGAAACUGAUUUUACUUGCAACAACGGCCACUGCAUUCCAUCCAGAUGGAAAUGUGAUGGUGAAGAGGAGUGCCCAGAUGGGUCAGAUGAAUCUGAAGCAACAUGCACCAAACUAGUAUGCCUAGCUGAAAAAAUUAGCUGUGGAGACUCCAGCAAUAAAUGUAUUCCUUCUUCAUGGAGAUGUGAUGGAGAAAAAGACUGUGAAAAUGGAAUUGAUGAAGCCGGAUGCACUAAUGUUUGCUCUUCCAGCGAGUUCCAGUGUAGCAACAAGACUUGCAUAGCUACCAUCUUUGUCUGCGAUGGUGACGAUGACUGUGGCGAUGGCAGUGAUGAGAGGAAGUGCCCACCCCUCACUUGCAACCCCAAUGAGUUCCAGUGCAAUAACAGCCAGUGUAUCCCCCAAAUAUGGGUCUGUGACAACCAACCUGAUUGUGAGGAUCAUUCUGAUGAGCUGAUGGAGAAGUGUGGCCACAAGCUCAAGCCACAGACCAUGAGCACCUGUGCCUCUCACGAGUUUCAGUGUGGCAAUGGCGAAUGCAUCCAUCUGAACUGGAAAUGUGAUGGAGACGAGGACUGCAAAGACAAGUCAGAUGAGCAAGAUUGUCCUCUGGUGACCUGUAGCCCUGACGAAUUCCAGUGUGGUGAUGGGACCUGUAUCCAUGGAGCCAAGCAGUGCAACAAAGUUCAUGAUUGUCCAGACAACAGUGAUGAGGCCGGCUGUGUUAAUGGUGUGAAUGAAUGUGCCCUGAACAAUGGCGGUUGCUCCCACAUAUGUAGAGACUUGAAGAUUGGCUAUGCCUGUGAAUGUCCUCCAGGAUACAAGCUUCUAGACAAGAAAACAUGUGGAGACAUAGAUGAAUGUGAGAAUCCUGAUGCUUGCAGCCAGAUCUGCGUUAACUACAAAGGGGACUAUAAAUGUGAAUGCUAUGAGGGCUACGAGAUGGAUACUCUCUCCAAAAACUGUAAAGCAGUAGGGAAAAGCCCAUACCUAGUUUUCACAAACCGUCAUGAAGUGCGCAAGAUUGACUUGGUGAAAAGGGACUACUCCCGCAUCAUUCCCAUGCUGAAGAACGUGGUUGCUUUGGAUGUCGAGGUGGCAACAAACAGGAUCUACUGGUGUGAUUUAUUCUACAAGAAGAUAUACAGUGCAUACAUAGAUAAAGCCAGUGACACAGCUGAGCAGAUGGUUCUCAUAGAUAGCCAACUGAACUCACCUGAAGGCCUGGCGAUGGACUGGGUUCACAAGAACAUCUAUUGGACAGAUUCAGGAAAUAAGACAAUUUCUGUAGCCACAGCUGAUGGUAAGAAGAGGAGGACACUGUUCAGCUCUGAUUUAAGUGAACCCAGAGCCAUUGCGGUGGAUCCAGUACGAGGAUUCAUGUACUGGUCUGACUGGGGGGACAUAGCAAAAAUUGAGAAAUCUGGCUUGAAUGGUGUGGAUCGGCAAAUACUUGUGACAGACAACAUUGAAUGGCCCAAUGGCAUCACACUAGAUUUGUUGAAUCAACGUCUCUACUGGGUAGACUCCAAGUUGCACUUGCUUUCAAGUGUGGAUUUCAAUGGAAGCAACAGGAAAGUUCUCAUUUCUUCUGUGGAUGACCUGAGCCAUCCAUUUGGAUUAGCAGUAUUUGAGGACAGGGUAUUCUGGACUGAUUUAGAGAAUGAGGCCAUCUUCAGUGCCAAUAGAUUGAAUGGCCAGGACAUUGCCAUUUUAGCUGAGAAUCUCAAUAAUCCUCAUGACAUUGUAGUCUUUCAUGAACUGAAGCAACCUAAAGCUCCAGAUGCUUGUGAACUCAGUUCUCUGCCAAAUGGAGGCUGUGAAUACCUGUGUCUUCCUGCACCCCAAAUCUCUCCACAUUCCCCGAAGUACACGUGCGCUUGUCCUGACACUAUGUGGUUGGGUCCUGACAUGAAAAAAUGCAAUAAAGAGCUUCCAGCUACCUCAGCGAAUGUGCCUAUUACCACGACAGUUACUGCGACUUACUUGCCCAAUCUUACCAAUGUCGCUACUGCUGUUACAUCUUCUGGUACAACUGCUGCUACCACCACCAUUGUUACAAGUGACAGUACCAACAACACUAGUCCUGAAAGAGAGGAAACCACAUCACAUGUCUUCCUUGGCACGACAAUGCUUCAUUCACCCACAGCCACAUCCAGUCUUGCCGAAUCCAAGAUAACGACAACAGGAAGCAAUAAUCUCUCCCAGCACUAUGCUAACAAUGGGCAAGGUUUUGGAUCAACCGUGAUGGCAGCCAUUAUUGGAAUUGUUGUUCCUGUAGUGGUGAUUGGUUUGUUAUGCAUGGGAGGAUACCUCAUCUGGAGAAACUGGAAACGGAAAAACACAAAGAGCAUGAACUUUGAUAAUCCUGUGUACAGGAAGACCACAGAAGAAGAAGAUGAAGAUGAAAUACAUAUUGGGAGAACAGCACAGAUUGGGCAUGUGUACCCAGCACGUGUAGCAUUAAGCCUGGAGGAUGAUGGGUUGCCAUGAGAACUACUCCUAGCUCCAACUCCAUAGCCGGUGGAUUGAUAGAUAUGCACUGAACACAUCUGCUGUGGAUCAUGGAACCUACUGUCUUUUAUCUCCUUCUCUUCUCCCCACUUCUUUAAUUAUUAUUUAUGUUGCAGAGAGGUAACCACAAAGUUGUAAUGAACUGCAAACAUCCAAAGGAUGUGAGAGUUUUUGUAUGUAUAAUCUUUUAUACACCUUUUUAACUUCUUGCACUAUCCAUCAGUCAUAGUGAGGAGGCUGCUCUAUUACUGAGCUACUAACUCGGUGUAUACAACCAGCCAGACCCAACCAAGGGUCAGUAGCUUACUUGUCAUUUUUAAAAACUAUAUUUAUAGAGGUUUUGUAAAUAUGUCAAGCAUACUUUGUGGCUAUCCGUCAACAUAAAAAAGUCUAUACAAACAGUUUAGGAUAUUUAUUAACAAGCUCUGGAUAUAAGAUUUGUUCUGUACAUACACUUAGAGAAUGAGAGUAUUUAUUUUUUUGUAUGUUUGGCUCGCUGUGUAUAGAUUAUCUGUGUAUAUAUCUAUCAAUGCUAGAUAGGUAUAUAGACAUUGACCUAUAUAUAUACCUACAUAUAUAAAUAU